AUGUCCACCCAAUCUCCCACAACCUCCGCUUUCACCCUCUCCCUCCUAACCUCCCUCGGCGGCGCAAUCGGCUACGCCCGCACAGGUUCCAUCCCCUCAAUCGCGGCCGGUCUCUCCGUAGGCGCGAUCUACGCUCUGUCAUACUACCAGCUUCGCGAAGGCCAGGCAUAUGGCGAGGAGCUCGGUCUCCUUGCUUCGACUGUGUUGGGUGGAAGCUCCAUUCCUCGUGCGAUUAAGACGGGUGGAAAGGCUGUUCCCGUUGGACUUUCUUUGUUGGCUACGUAUGGUGUUGUUGUUUUCGGUCUUGCGACCAAGGAGAAGAGGGCUUAG